GACAGAGUCGGCCAGUCCCGGGCGACUCUAGCAAGGAAGACGUGCUUUUGUCCACGGAACUCCCGCCUAUUUUCCCGCUUGAAAGUUUUCUCGAGAAAAUUUCAAGCUUACAGCCUCUUCCAAUUUUAUAACAACGUCAUGAUGAUCGUCAUGGUCACCAACUCUUUCUUCGUUUUCUCUACGUAGUUGACAACUCGCCAUCAUUUAUUAUAUGUAAUAAAUUGUCAUUAUUUUUGUUUUAAAUGGCCUAAUCAAUUCAAGAUCAGCUAUCCAAGAGAGAGAAUUUCUGCACUACGUGUUCUUCAUCUGCGGACAAAUAAAAAUCUGUGUCCAUUCCCCCUCCUUGAUUUGAUGUUCCCUCGUAUGUCCGUGAGCCGCCGGCAAAUCAGGAUCACAGUUGGGGGAUCAAAGAAAGAGAACACAAUCUGAGUUCUACAGAUCCGUCAGAAGGGAAGAAAAAAAGAACUCUAGUUCGAUGUUCGAAGACGAAUUGCGUUCUAUCGAUCCUUCUUUUUCGUGAUCGGCAUGUUCUUGAAUCGGUUGUGCUAGGAGUGGAAAGAAUUGAUCGAGAGAGGAAGAAGGGAUGUGUUCUGAUUGAUUUGCAAACAUAGGGUUUUAAUUGAGGCAAAUUAUAGAUUUCGAAUUGGAUCAAUUCAUUUGAGAGUGAGAGAGGAAUAGAAGUAGCUGAUCACAUGAGUGGCAAAGAACCGGUAAAAUUAGACGACGAGCAACUGGCCGAACUCCGGGAGAUAUUCCGAUCAUUCGAUCGGAACAACGACGGGAGCCUCACGCAAUUGGAGCUCGGAUCGCUCCUGCGAUCGCUGGGGCUGAAGCCGAGUGCGGAACAGCUCGAAGCUCUAAUUCAGAAGGCCGACAAGAACAGCAACGGCAUCGUCGAGUUCUCCGAGUUUGUGGCACUGGUGGCACCGGAGCUGCUCCCGGCGAAGUCCCCCUACACUGAGGAGCAGCUGCAGAAGCUGUUCCAGAUGUUCGACCGCGACGGCAACGGAUACAUCACGGCGGCGGAGCUGGCGCACUCCAUGGCGAAGCUCGGCCACGCCCUCACGGCGGAGGAGCUGACGGGGAUGAUAAGAGAGGCGGACACCGACGGUGAUGGCCGGAUCAACUUCCAAGAGUUCUCGCAGGCCAUCACCUCCGCCGCCUUCGACAAUUCAUGGGCUUGAAUUUUCAUUGUGUUCUGGAUGGACAGGGUUUCAGAAUGGAGAUUUCAAGCAGACAGGGUGCAGUUCUAACGGUAACAAGAUAUGCCCAUGUCGUAUGUGAUGUGAUGCAGGAAGCCAUCCUCUUGAGUUGUUGUGCAAAGAUCAGCUAGGUGAGAUGUUUCUACCAUGGCUGCAGCCACCAUUUGCUUGAUUUUUGGGAUUUUCCAUUCAUUUGGGGAUAAAUCGUUCUCUAUGAUCCUUGGUUAGGGUAAGACGCCAUUCUCAAUUUUGUUAAUUUUUCACAUUUUCUCGUGAGUUAAUUGUAAUUUUUUUUUAUUUUUCUUAUUUUAUUUCUUUUUAAGACUGAUCAUAUCCAUGCUUCUAAUGCUAGCUAGGUUUAUCAAUUUUAAAGAUUGUUAUGUAUUUUUCAAUAUUUGGAUCUUGUGUUUUUCUUCAAAUUUACUUGAUAGUUUAGUUAAGAUUGUUUGUAAUCACUUAUAAAAAUGUGUUUUUUUUUAAAGUAAUAGUCAGUGCUUAGUAAUAAAAAAAAAAAAUUUAACUUUUUGGUUACAUAUUUCUAUAUUUGCAUUAAUAUCCUUUGUGAAUAUUUUCAUAUCAUUUCCCGAAAUGUUAUAUUAAGAAAUCAACUAAUCAUUAUUUACCCUUUGUGAAUAUUUUCAUAUCAUUUCCCGAAAUGAUACAUUAAGAAAUCAACUAAUCAUUAUUUAAAGUCUUGAAAUCCAAAAGAGCUACCGUUCUCUCUCUCUCUCUCUCUCUCUCUCUCUCUCUCUCUCCAAUUGGGUUAUCCGAAGCUUAUAUGACAAUUUCAACAGUAGCAUUAUUGUUAGAAUCAACUUUAACUAGGUGGCAUGCCCCAUAUAUCUGGAUGCAAAACGGAUUCCGUUUAAAAUGGGUUCAAGUUUAUGCAAGUCAAUUGGUUUAUAAACGGUCAAUUCGUGAGCUGUUCGUUUAUACGCGGGUUUGGAUCGGGUCAUUCGACGUGUGACCCGUUUUGCCACCCUAUCAGUUCGGUUCUAAUUUCAAGGCCCAAGGGUUUCGCUGCUAAAAUGGGUUUUGUCGUUCAAAUUACGGAGGUUUAACUUUUCAACUGUGGGUUCGGACCGUUCGAUUCCGACAACUCUGUAUUUGCACGCGUGACCAAGGAGGAUGGCCGUCACGACCAUGGCAGCAAACUUGGUUGUACCAUUGUAUGACAUAUAUAUACAGAGAGAGGCAGAGAGAUGGAGACAGGGAUCGAGGAAGAAGAAGUUCAAUAAUUUCGCGAAGCUUGUGGCGUUAAUGGGGAAUUCGCCGAUGGAGAAACCCGCCGGCGGCAAAUCGAAGAACGCCAUCAUGAAUUAACAUUUUCGGCACCUGCUCUAGUCUGUUUUCUUCUUCUUCGUCUUCUUCCUUCGCUCGCUCUCCGUCUCUGAUCACCAUCGAAUCUCAAAUUUGAAUAGAGACAAGGGAGACAGAAACCUUUCAUUCGGAAUCAACACCGGUGGAGCCAUGGAGGUGUUAAUCGAAUAAUGGAGAGCACGGACUCGUCAACGGGGUCGCAGCAGCCGCAGCUCCCAUCGAGAUUUCGAUUCCACCCCACCGACGAAGAGCUCGUCGUUCACUACCUCAAGAAUAAGGCCUCCUCCGCGGUCGAUCUCUAGAAGCUCAAUCCCUGGGAUGAAAGGUUGAUCUGAACCAUUCGUGCGUAGGGUACGUUGUUGAUCUGAACGUGCUUGAGUGGACUUGUGCAUCACGUUCAGAGGCUAUUGAUGACUUGACUAUUUCAUAUCUUCAAAGAGUGCCUAGGUACAGGAAAGCCAUGUUCUUAGACCGGCUUUACCUAAUUUGCCCACUGAAUUGGACUUGACUAUUACAUAGGAAUUUUAAAAAAAAAAAAUUAAAAUAAAUAAAUUAUAUGUUUUAAAUGGAUAA